UCCCUUUUCGCCACCGUUCCAGUGACACAAAAAACGUAAACAAAGAAAAAAAUAAAGCAAAAACCCACCUCGAGCUCGUCGUGGUUGCACGGUGUGUGCGUGCUUUCGUAACAACAAAUAGCUAAUCGUACCAGCCACCAUGAACGCACUGGCAAAGCUGAAAACCCUCACAACACCCUCCAUCAAUCAGAUCGUUCGUACGUACGCACUAAAAUCCGAUCUGAAAAUCAAAUGGGUCCGGCCGGAGAAGGUGCCGUGCUACAAGCCGCAAAAGUCGGGCGAUCUGCAGUCCCUGCCGAAGUUUGCCGGCAGCGAGCUGAUGAAGGACUACCGUGAAUCGAAAGAGCUGGAAACGGCAAACGAGCACGUGCGGAAUCUGUUCACCCUGGAGCACAACCGGCGCCGGCAGAUGGUGGAAAACUUUAAGGAAGACAUGGUGCGGCGCGUGUACCGGCACGAUUUGGACUACGGUUCGAUGGAGGCGAAAUUGGGUCUCAUGACGGCAAGAAUACGCAGCCUGCAGGACUAUAUGGAGCAGUUUCCGCGCCAGUCAGUGGUGAAGGUCCAGCUGAAGGAGCUGAUCGAUAAACGCAAGCGCUUCCUUCGCUAUCUGCGGCGCUGGGACUAUCGUCGGUUCGAGUACGUGCUGGAGAAGCUAGACCUCGUUUACAAACCCUACCCAACGCAUUUCCAUUGGAUCACCCGUAAGGAUUCAUUGCGCAAGCUAACCAACAUCCACUGCGAUCAGAUUAAGGAAACGCGGCUGGAAGAGUACCGCAAACAGCUCGAAUCGCAGCAGCUAGACUUUCUGGAAAAGAAGCUACAAACGCUGGAAUUUAUUCGCAAGGAGCAAACCGAAUGUCAGGUACCGGUCACCGUAACGAAGGAAGAAAUUCAAGCCGUCCGCAAGCAGUACGAUCAACUCAAGCAAAAGCGAACGGCCAUGGCAGAAAGCUUAAAAGCGGCAGAAGAAUCGUAGUAAACCAACCAGUUGAGUGAAGAGCGGGAAUGGUAUCCCCAGUUCUUUUCCGUUCAUUUUAUUGUAUAAAAAAAUACAUUAAUAAAGUUAAUAGACUUGAGCUAGAGAG